AAACGGGCCUUUGCAACAAUUACUAUCUUUUUCUUUUUUUUUUCUUUUUUUUUUUUUAUUAUUCUCUUCGUUUGCCUCUUUUAUUACGUCAAUCGUGAUACGCAUAUGAUUAAAGUACUACUUUUUAUAUGCGCAAGGUAUAUGUAUAUAUAAUCUAAACUUUAUAUACUUUACCUCGUUCGGUUUCGAGAACAGCUAAGCGAAUUAUUUUCUAUAAGUGAACGAUAUCGCCUCGUGGAAAAUAAAUCAGGAUUUUAUUUGGCCUGUAGCUGACAACAUUCUAUAUCGAUGAUAUGCUUUAUCGAGACCCAUUGAACUAGGCUGGUUCCUCUUUACGCUCUCACAAUGGACGCCAUUUCUACGAACAGCACUUCCAUUAGUCUUCGGAUCACCCACGCGAAUUCUCACUGUUCCUCCUUACACGCGGUAGAAUCCAUCGAGGAAAAUUUCGCAGCUAGCGAUGUUAAAGGGAGCAAUGACCAUUGCAAGCGCAUCAAACAGUCUCUCUCUAAAUACUUUACCCCCAUUCGGUUUAUAAUUAUGUGACGCACCGUUUAAAAAUUUUCUAAGAACCCAUCAGGAUUAUUCGGAUAAUAAAUUAUGAUAAUGGCCGUGGUUCAUUAGCGCGUUUCUACUCUCUACGUCCUUUUCAAACGACGUUUACGUUUCCUUGCGAGAGUAUUCACGCGAGAUUUCUACCUACGUAGGCGAGGACAAAUAUUGAGCCUAAAAUACCUGAAACAAAAUGCGCCCCUCGCACCUUCUGUCGUUAGGUGCGAACGGACUCGCAUGAUUUCACGAAAGAACGCGUUACUCUUCUCCGAAGCCAUUAACGACCCUUAACGCUACUUUGCAGGUUCACGAUCGCACGGAAAACGCAUCAGGUGUGGUAAGCUUGUAGACUCUAUUCGCUAGUUCACUAUAGAAAUGUUCACGUACACGAUUCGGAGAGUAAUAUUUUUUUUAUCGCGGAAUGAUUUUACUUGAAAUUCGCGAAAGGCAUUGACGCAUUGUCGAUCGUAGAACUGUGAUCUAUGCGAUCACAUUUUUCGGAAUAUCGAGAGGGUGGGCGAUAUAAGUUUUACUCUCGUAUUUGGUGCACGCUGCGCCAUGUAAUUGGAACGAUCAAUCAAGCACCUGAGAAAGGGAGGCUGAGAUCACGCGUGUAGAAAGCAUCCCUCCUCGAUGGUCUUGCACGCACAGAGCUUAUACGACGGUACCACACCCUAUUCAAAAACCAUGUGAUUCGCAAUUGCUACGCUUUCGUAUACGCUUUGAGUAGAACGACCAUGAUAAGAGAAUAAGAGGAAAAUAUUGGGAAAUGAAGUAACAUCGAUAACGAUACGGCGGGUGUUUGUUUCGCACGCAGAAAGGGAAGAGUACGGGGGAGGCGGGCAGGAUGGAAAGGAAGGAAAAGGAAAAAGAGGAAGAGAUGGAAGACGAGAAGAUUUGUAAAGAAUUCUUUCAAACUGGGCGAUUAAUUUUCAGUAAGCCCGAUGUAUAACUGGCCCCGAAUAGGUAGGGUGUACACAGAUAUAGCCACUCUCGCGAGAUAUUAGACAGGUGAGCGAGUUCCCAAGGGAACAAAGCCCCCAUUACCUCGUCUUACCAUCCCGUCCCGCUUACCUCGACAAACUCUCUACUCCUAAAACAUUCAUAAGACCUACGUAAGUGGUUUUUAAUAAAGGUAUUUAAUCAUAGGUGUCGGAUUACUCGUAAAUCGGCUGGUAGCGUAGUUGGAACCAUAGGGAAUUAAUCGUUAAAUCUAAUAUAGCUCUUUCCUCUUUGUUAGGGCUGCCCAAGGGACAUACGAAAAAUAAAAUUCGUAUCAUUUUCUUUUUGUCCUCUUCGAACGCGCGAGUUCUCCUGAUACGGAGAGACGCUCCUAGUAACGACCGUCGUUACGGUCAAAGCAAUUAUUUCUGGUAGAUAAUUAUUCCGUCGGAGAGAGAGACCACAUCUACUGUCCAGUUUCUUCGGUGCUUUCCUCGAUCUCAGUCGUUUAAAUAUUUUACUCCUUUCGAAUAAUUUCUUUUAACGAUGUUCCUAUUACUUUAUCUGCUCUUAAUGGUCCAUUACGCGCAUGCGGAGGAAUGUUUCGACGAUGGAAAUGAAUUUUGCAUCGAUCAAGACGACAUAUUAUCGGUCGAUCUAUUGCCGGGAUCCUUUUUGUUUGCCGAUUCAUAUCAGAAUAAAAGUAAUUCGAAAGUAGAGAAGGAAACGGUAGACGGCACCUUCGACAAGGCUUUGAACGAAAUGGAUUAUCACAGAAAACGAAUGAACGAGUAUCUUUGUCACGGAUACAUGGCAGAGGAAAUCGUCAAAGAGGUAAGCAUUCCUAGGGUUAAACGGAAACCCAAUUCGGCAUCUUCCAAACCCAUUAUGCCGGAUUUCUUGGGCAACGACAACGUGACCAUUCACGAGAAAAUGUUGUGGGACGAGGGUAGCUCCAAGUAUAAAAAUUGGCUACAAAAGACGACUACUUUGGACGACAUAUAUCGUCAUUAUUCGCCGCGAAGAAUGUUGAAGAAGAAACAAGGAGUCAAAUACGAUCACGACAUCGAAGAAUUCGACGGCGAGGUCACCGGUUUUGCCAUGCAAGCACCCUUACCUUCCGGAAAAAUUGAAGUUUAUGAGCCUCCAAAUUCGAACGAAGAUCAUAUGCCUGCCGCUUCGGGACACAAUUAUCAUCAUUACGGAUACGGUCACGGUGAACAUUUCGGUCAUCCUGGAGAAUUUUUCCCUGCGAUUCAGGAGGAACAUUAUUAUCACGUCCCGUAUCAUCAGGAACAACAGGAGCACGAGGAGGAACAUCACAAGCCUGUCUAUCAUAGCAAAGGAAAGGGACACGAUCUUUCGUUGAAAGAUUUCUUUGAAAUUGCUCUCACCGCAUUAGCCUUCUUGGCGUUCGGUCUAUUCGUCAUACAGCUAUUGAUGAAUGCCACGCAAAAUAUGACAAACGUCACUACCUCUAGUACCCUGACGGACGCGUCGGAUGGGACGCGUUUCAAGAGACACGUCGGUGGCUUCCCAAUGACUUACGCCACUAAUCAAGAAUUGAAUGAAUUGUCUUAUCGCGUUUUGAGAUCGGUCGAAGCGGCUCUGAUUGCUGAUAUGGAUUCUGCCAAUUGUCUACGGAGAAUUCUCUGCGAGGACAAUCAAUAUUCAAAGAGUACUAACGAUGGUCGUAAAAUUUGGGUACCCGUUUGGAGCUUAGGGAUGAGCUGGAUCACAGGAAGAGUUUCUAAAGCUGCACCUUGGUCGGCAAUGCUGGAAUCUGUUAAGGCUUCGGUUCUUGGCUUGGGCGGAGCUAAUUGCACUUUGCUCUAUCCUAAUUGCGAUCUUCGCAAAGAAAGAAUCAAAAGACGUCGUAGACGUAGAAGAUAAAUCGUUUAAUCCUCGUUAAUAUUUCAUCCGAUAUUUAUUAGUUUUAAUUUAUUUAUUAGUUUUAGUUUUUCCUUAAGGCGAUAAAAAAGCAUUGGAUUGGCUGGAUAAAACGAGCUGUUCUCUUGAUAUUGGUAAAAGGGUAGCGUGUAACGAGCCCGAUGGACGAACGUGAAAAAUAUGUCUGUUUUCUCUAUUCUGAAUUGCUCGGCAAUUUCCAAGAAUCGGUUUAGUAUUCUCGUCGUAUAAAAUUCGAAAUUCGUCUAUCUGUAAUAAUUCCUUCCCCUUUUACUAUUUUCCAAGGAAAUACGUCACACGUGCAUAUUUUGCGUCGAUUAAAUCAAUAACAAAGUAUUUACUUUUUAAACAAUUCGUAAGAUUCGUUGCAGUACCUGUUCUUUGGCUAUUCCAACAGGUUCUCUGCACACGAGCCACAUUAUACGGCGCGUCCAUUGUGGCGUUAUCGUCGAACCCCAAUAUACAAAAUAAUCUUCGGUAAAUGGUUUAAAAAUAUUCGUCAGUACGAUCGGUACUAAACGAAUGCUGGAAUUAGCGAUUUUAAUGGAAGGCAAAGCGCUUACUAUCUUCUUUAAAAAUAUAUUAGAAAAUGUCUGCAACUGUAUGUAAAAUGUAAUUGAAGUAACGUGAAAAUGGUCUUUCGACCAUUUUAUUCAACAUUGAAAUUCAAUAUUACCUUUAAGAAGUAAACUAUUAUUAUAACGCCGUCGACUUGUCGAAGAGCUUCCUCGAAAUUUAAGUAUUGCGUUUUAAAGUGUACUACGUGAAGUUCCAUCGGCGUACUUUAAAGUUAAGAUUAUUUCAAUGAGAUCAGUAAUAAAGAGAAAGAGAGAGAGAGAGAGCUACGAAGAAAAUUCGCACACUUUGCACCAUCGGCGCGAUGCUCGCUACCAUACAUUUCCGUUUCGCCCCAAUGAAAAUGCAUUUGUGAAAAAACGUAAUUUCCAUUAAGAGGACCACCAGUGAUAUAUGGCUUUUCCAUUAGCCACUUUGCACCAAGAACAGCUAUGAAAAUUGAGCUUGCGUUGCAUUCGCGUUACUCGGGUCGUUAUUUUUCAUUGCGAACAUAUUAAUUAUUAAUAAUGACUUGAAAUACGAGGAACUUGUUACCAGUUUGUCCUGUGUUGGUGAUCUUUAAUUUUCGCGGUGCAACGUCAUAAUAAAUCCAUUGCAAUAGCGUCAAAUUAAUCGGUGUCAUUUUACUGAUAUCCAAAUCGAUAGGAGAUGGCAGUUCUCCUUCUAUAAUGCCGAGUCCUUGAAUGAAUUUUGCAUUUUCUACAUUGACGUCGUCGACAUUCUCUAAACACGCAAAUCUAUCAGCUUAAUAAUCGGAAUAUUUAAUCGGAAUUUAUUCAU